AUGCCUCUCUUCGGUCGUCGUGAACCCUCCCCAGAGCCCAUCAGGGAAGAACCCCCUCGCAAACACGGUCUCUUCUCCAGCUCCAAGCACACCGAACCAACACCCACCCGAGCCAGCACAUCAUCUCGUCACAACCGCCACUCCCGCGGUUCCGCCUCAUCCUACGACCGUCACUCUUCUUCUUCAUCUCGCUCACCCAGCCGUCGCAGCUCCGGCGGUGGUUUCUUGUCCAAGUUUGGCGGAAACCGCAAUGAGCAUGAUCCCGCUGUUCUCGAAGCCAGAGAGCGUGUAAGAAGCGCCGAGAUGGCUGAGCGUGAGGCCGAUCGUGCUCUUGAAGAGGCUAGACUUAGUGUGCGUGAUGCGAGGGAGCAUGUUAAGAGGCUUGAGGUUGAGGCCAAGGAGGAUUCGAGACGGGCUAAGAUGAAGCAGACUCAGGCCAAGGAGAUGUCUAAGAUGGGACGAAGCCUUGGACGCCAUGGAUACUAA